AUGGGACAGACCCAAGCAAGAGGCGACAAAGUUGCAGCGCAGCCAGACAUCAACAAAAGACCGCGUCACGUCGACGCCAACUCGAAUGCUAACAGAGAGAACACAAAAGCCAGCACAUCACCCAAGCACAAUCCGGCGGAAUUUGAUUUUUUAGAGUUAUUUGGCGAUGAGGUGCGAGUUUUGAGCGGCCUCGCGAAUUUGGAGACGGAGCUGCUGAGUGGCAAGGUGGUUGCCGUGGACAAGGACGACUUAGUCUGCCUGCUGAAGCAGGAGUCGCAACGUCUAUCGGAAGAGGUGAAGAAGUCGCUUCAGUGUAGCCACCAGUCGCCGAAAUUGUUUGCUGAAAAAGCCGAUCGCAGGUCCGCCACGUCGACAGAAGACCUCAGGAUAAUCACGAAGCUGCUCUUGCGAUUGCAGAACCUCGAAACUCCUAGCGACAAUGGUGCUCCGCUUAGUCCAGAGGAUAGAAGGGUGAAUGGCCCGGACCCUGGCUUUGGAGAUGGACCUUUUAAUUCACAAACCCUUACACGCAUCAACACCUCACAGGCAGAAGCAAAGGCGGCCAACCCUGGCGGAAGCCCCGAGUUUAGUGAGUGUGUGUCCAAGAAGAAGAUGAUUGAGGAGUUUUUAAAGGACGUGGAAACUUUUAAGACCAAUGGCGAUCAGGAAGGCUCGUUGUCUGGUCAAAAUGCAGAUGCUACAACAGAUUUCUCAGAUGUAGAGGACAAGAGGCAAGUCAUUCACUUCUCCUGCACUCGGGCCCUACAUCAUGUUCCGCCGCCUAAAUCAACGGUGAGCCACCUUAGAAGAAAUAAGAUGUCGCUUCACCUCUUCGGCACAUCACGUCUACACGAGGAACUGAAACUCCAGCAAAACAGCAUUCGUAAAAGCUUGAUUGAACAGCAAAGGCAAAGCCAAUCACCGCCCUCCAAUCGAUUGCCCUACUACCCGGUGCAAUAUAAGUUUUGGGCGCCGAUAGAUGAGACGCUUUUCAAGUGUUUCAACGAUCAAACGGACCGACGCAUAAUAUCGAUUUGUCGCCGUUCUCAGUGCCAGAUCCAUCUGCUGGCAGCGGUGAGGAAGAACGCCAACGGCAUCGCCGUCCAACAGAUCAGCGUGCAGGCGCCGUCGCUUGGAGCACUCGAGCGCUGCUGCUCCAUCCUCGACGACGUCUUUCCACGCUUCAAUGCGAGCAUCUCGCUUCGGGGACACGGCACCAUCAUGCGCAGUGCCAGCGAAUCGGAAAUCGGGAAGAGUGGUGCUAACGCGGGCGACAGCGCGUUCCGUGAGAACUGCCACAGAACCGCCACGCACCGACUCCCUCGAAGUGACGACGACCACAAAGGCCUAAUCAACUACAUCAUCUCGCAAAUGGAUGGCCAGCGGGCUGCAGAAGACUUUUGA